CCUCCCCCGAAUCCGCGAACACCAUUUGGUGCGUUGCUCUCCCAUGGAUGCAUCUCUUUGUGGACAUUCGACCAUGAACCUUGAGUCAGCAAAAACCUGGAUAUAUAAAAGCCACCAUUACCGAGAGUUUCCUCUUCAACUUCAUAUUCCUUACACCUCUCCGACUUUACACAACUAUCCUCAGCACUUUUAUUGCUCCAGAUACACCCUCGAUUUUUGUUCCAGCCAUGUACAACUACUCCCACCUUCCGCUGGUCUCUCGCCGCGACAUAAACAUGACACAGCCGUGCAGCGGGUUGACUAUCAGCCAAGCACGGUGGUUUACAGUAAAAGUCUAGGUAGCAUGUCUACCUCUGGCAGCAUGCUUGAGACUCCUUAAUGUAAAUAGUAGACAAACUUUGCCACCAUUUGGUAGAAUAAACAACAGCCUUGUCCAUAUCCU